AUUCAUUCGUGCAAUAUAUUUGUAAACACUUGUGACCUGAAUACUCACCAACCCGGUACUCAGGUUUCAAGGCAGUCAAAAUAAAGGAGGAAAGGGCCAGAACAGGGUUGUAAUACAUUCAAAACGCUUUGAAAGCCAAUGAUGAGAAAUCUUCAUACAGGGAAAGCAUGUCAGACUCAGAAUCCGAGGAAGACUUCGUAACGCCUUACGGUUCCCCGAGCAAAACAGAUGAAAAUGUUGACGUAUUUUCUGAAGGAACUCUACUGCAAACAGAACAAAGUCCACGAAACCGGACAAGUUCUUGUUCAAUUGAAAAUUUGCAAAGAACUAACGGAAAUGGAAACUCCUCGGCAAAACAUCGACUGGGGUCCAUUGAUAUUUCCAAAGAGAACUUGUCGUCUGCUCCGGCGUGCGCCAGUAGGUCGAUGUCGCUUGACGACGGGGUGAAAGGUCAGAUAUCGGCGAGGUACCACGUGAAUUGGGAAGGAGCCACCAAGCAGCGUGGAGUGGUACUAGUGUCGGACGGACAAAAGGAGGGCGAGGUCAUCCAGCAACUGGACGUGCUGGGGAUCAACGAAGAUCUGGCACACAGAGAGUACCCACGUCUAUACCCCGAUGGUGGCAUGCCUCCUCGCUCUUCAGUAGUGAUACACUCGGCAACUAAUGUCAUACAAGAUUCACUAGUGUACUUGAACCAACCAGAGAAAGAGGAAUCAUCGACAGAGACAAAAGAGGGAAAAUCCAGCUCGCUCCUUGGUGUUUUCCGACAAGAAGACAGUGUUUUCGUGGAGACGAACGCUUACCACCAAGCAGAGGAAACGCUGGAGAACUACUUCCGGGUCAUGUUAUCGGGUCAACCAGGUGACGGGAAAUCGGCAAUUGCCAAGCAUCUUAUUGUUAAGAAAUCCAGACAAGGUUACCGGUUUGUUCUCAUAAACGGUUCAUAUGACUUUGACUCGGUAAACUUUGAUGAAAAACUAAUAUUAUUCUUCGAUGACAUUUUCGGAGUAACUGUUUAUGAUCGAUCUCGAACAGAAGAUGUGCAGAGAAUUCUGUGGCAGUUGGACAGCAUUCUGAUGAACAAAUAUGGAGACGUUUUAAUGAUCAUGACGUCACGUUCACAUAUUCUUCACGAUGCGCUGAAGGUUUUGAAGAACGCUGACUUUGUCCGUAAAGUGACACUUGACAUCACAAAUGGAUUAAAUGAGUACGAAAAAGGUCAAAUUCUAAGAAAACAUUUUCAGUUUUUCAAUUUAAAAAAAGAGGAUCUUCACUUUUCUUCUUUAGAGGUAUUCUUUGACCAAGCAAUUUUGUUGUCCCCUAACCACGGGUUUCCACAUUGUGUUCAAAUGUUCGUUCAGUCUGCCGCUCUUCGAAAAAAAGGACUUGAAUUUUUCAGAUCACCUAUAGAAUACCUUAUACGCAUUUUAAACGUGAUGAAAGAAGCCAGCCCGAUGGACUUUGCAGUAUUGGUAUAUAUUGCGCUCAGAGACGGUCGUGUCAACAGGUAUGCCGAUAGGUUUCCCAUUCAAGAUGCACAAAGACUGGCGUUCAUCAGAAAAAUGAUUGGUUAUGAUGCGGGUAUUAUUCUCUCUGAAAUCUUAUCUUAUAAAUCCAAAGAGCUUGAUUUGUUCUUGUCAGAUAAUGACACAUAUAAGGUAUUUCGUCAUCCGAGUAUUCAAGAUGCAGUUACGUUUAUGAUGGGCGAAGAAUUUACGUUGGACGUCAUCGAAAUAUGUUCCUUUGAUUUCAUAUCUGGUAGAAUAAGAACCAGUCAGUACAAGUGCGAAAACAAUGAAAAGAUCAUAACGAUUGAACGUCAACAUUUUCCAAAACUUUGUCAAAGAUUUACAGAAGAAAUCAGGCAAGGCAAUAUACGAGAUGUGUGCUUUCAUCAAGCGAUGACCGAUCCAGUCUUCGUAAACGUCUUCUGCAAAACAUCAACAGUUUGCAAAAACUUCAAAGAUGCAGGGAACCAAGCUGAGGUACACCUUCUCUCAUACGUCCAGUUCGACAGCAUACACAAGUUCUUUGGAUCCCUCAUAUAUUGGUCAUCUGUCGCUAACAACGUUUGCCUGCUGCAGAAUCUUCUCCAAAUGGAUGGUCUUCAUGAACUAUUAAAAGGAGAAAGAACUUGGGCGCAGCAGCAAUUGAGAGAAUCUUUCGUUUUCACGUGUCUUCACGGAACAAGUAUUGCAUUAGCUCGACAAAUUGGCUCUUUGAUCGAAGACAAACAUUCCAAAGGCUCAACAGUGUUUUCCCAAGACAUUCUGAACACGCUAAAAGAACCUUUAUAUUCACAUAUCUUUUUCGAGACCAGUUUGAAACUUUCACCACUACAGGCAGCUAUUUUGAGUAUUGGCCCGAAUUCACUCGGAAUCGUGGAAUAUCUUUUACCAUUUCAACACCAGUCUGAUAUCCUCGAAUCAACACUUACAAUUGCCUUGAAGCUGAAUAAACAAGAUAUUGUUGGCCUAUUUACAACAAAAACGAACGUAGAUCUAGAUGAAAGAGAUAUUCGUUGUGCUUUACGGAAUGGUACUUUUACCCUUGUACAAAACACCGAUUCUAAAAUUCUUACAACAAUAAUAGGGUCGUUAAAAACUGAUGAUCUUAAGCACAUGUUUUAUCAUAUUGACAACCCAUCUUGUUUAGAUAUUUUCAAAUCUGUAGAACCCAAUGAAAUGAAAUGGAUUUUUCAAAAAGCUCUUCCAUACGCUAAAACGACCGAGGUUACUUCAGCUCUGACACAGUAUCUAUCCGCAACAGACGUGGCUGAAGUAUCUCUGGAUAUUUUCCAAAAUGUUUCAGAUGUCAGCGUCCUUAAAUUCCUCAUAAGUGCUGGAGCUGAUGUUAACAGCGUGGAUAUCGAGGGUCAUAGUGCAUUAUUUCUGGUCAACAACAAUGACAUUCUGAAGACACUUUUAGAAAACGGUGCUUCGGUCAAUGUAAGAGAGAAAGUCUUUGGACGGAAUCCUUUAAUGCAUCAUGGAGUCAACGGAACACUUUCCUGUUCAGUUUUUGACACUUUUAUCAAACACGGAGUUUCAGUGAAUGAUACUUGCCACAAAGGCCAGAAUUUACUAUUGCAAUUCCUUAGUUCAUGGAAUGUACGGAAACACAAAGAAGUAAGAAAAGAUGAACUGCAACUCCUUGAAAAGAUAAUUCAAGAAAUGGAAGACUUUGAUGCACGUGAUAAAGAUGGCAAUAACAUGAUUCAUGUAUGUAUGUUAGCAAAUGUUCCCGUUUCAGUUUUUGGUGUGGUUCUCAAGCAGAGAUGCGACCUCAAUGCAAAGAAUCAAGCAAGUUACUCACCAAUUCACUUGGCAAUUAGCUAUGCUUAUACAAAAUCAAAGAAAAAACAAUGGAAACCGGUCAUGGUAGAACAUUUACGGUAUCUACUUUGCGCAGGAGCGGAAGUAAAUGUGCAAGAUAAGGAUGGCGACACUGUACUGCAUUUAUUGAUGAGCAGUUUUGUAGACAGGCUGAAUUAUUACGAUGAAAGAUUGACGUCUUAUGAGAAACUGAACGAAGAGAGCAAAUUCGAACUGUUGAAUAGUGCAAUAGAUUUGCUCUUGUCAUAUAACAUUGAUGUUAAUAUUCGUAAUAUAAAGAAAUGUACUGCGUUUAAUUUGCUCUCAAAAACACGUUCUAGACGCAGCUUACAAGUAGUCAAAAAGUUUCUUGAUCACAAAGCAGAGUUUGGAAUGUCCGAGUUCCUCACCUUUUUGUGUAUAUCUUCAAAACAAGAAAACAGCCCUUAUUCUUGGCAUGUGCUGCAAGCUCUAUCAAAGUUUGUAUCGCUUAGAUGGAAGGACCUUUUUGCGAACAGCCAAUGUGCCCGCUGUGAGGAAUUUGUAGGCUUCAUCAGAAUUGUAGAAUCAAUUGGUGCUACAGACCAAACUGUCCUAGAAGCUUUGCAGUUGAUCAUCAAUCUCGAGUCCUCUUUAAGAUGUGACGUUUUGAAGACGACUAGAAAUGUUCUAAGUGAUUCUCUAUCAGAAGGAUUGGAAAUUGUUUGCAGCUCAUUGGUUCCAUGUAGUGAAUCUUUAGGCUCCGAAAAAUUUGUUUCAGUGUUAUUUUUUGGAAUUCUCUCCCAUGCAAUCAACUUUUUCAAUUAUCGCCAGCGAUCCAUCAUUAAAUUUCGGAACGUUUCAUCCCUGAUAAUUGAAGACAUUGAUAUUCUAAUGCAUAUGAUGAAUCUACCUUCUAACGUUUCUGAGAACAGAAAACUGAGUCUGUUGAUAAGUUAUAUUGAAUCUGAUAUGCGUGAUAAAACCUUAUUGAAAUCUUGCCUUCCGUUACUAUUACCCGCUAACUUUGAUGUAAACAAAGAAGUAAAUGGCACCACAUUAUUGAUAAGUGCCCUGAAAUCUCCAGUUUCACGUCAAGAAUUUCUUCAGUAUUUAUGUAACAAAGGAGCAGACGUGAACUUAUGCAUUGGAGGAAACAAAAAUCAUGCGCCUCUUCUCACUGUUUUGAUCAACGAUAACAAAAAGGUACAGAAAACACUAACAUAUGAUAAUCUGUAUAAACGAUUCACGUUUGUGACGUCCGAUAAAGAACUUUGUGGAUCCACACAGUUGCAAUUGCUUCUCCAAAAUGGAUUAAACCUCCGAAGAGCUCAUACGGUAUUCGAGUACAUCAAAUUGGAGGAUUGUUGUUUAAAGUCACUGAAACUUUUGAUUAAUCACGGUCUUGCAUCGGAUGAAGCUGACGAAAAAGGCCAGACAUUGUUGCAUAAGUUAUGCAAAAGAUCAAGUCCCUCCGAAAUCGUGAAGAAACCAUUUAACAGACUAGAUAUUUUACGAUUACUAUUAUCUUACGACUGUUGCAUUAAUGCUCAGGAUAAAGAUGGAAAUACGCCAUCCCAUCUUUUGGCCAUGAGACGCCAUCAAAAUGGAUUAGAAGAGCUUAUCUCCAAAGGCGCGGAUAUCAAUUUGAAAAACAGAAAAGGAGAGACGUGUUUACAUCUUGCCGCCGACAAUGCUGGAAGCGUCCAGUGUUUACUCCAGUACGGAUGUGACGUUAGCGUCACUACCAAGGACGCCUGCACAGCCCUGCACGCGUUCUUUGACCUGUCUUCUGAGAAGUCGAAACCUCUGAAAGGACUUGCUCUUGCCAUAGAAAAGCGGUUCCAAGAUAUCCAAGGUAUUAGAUCCAUUACUCUACUCUUGGAUUCUGGGAUUGAUAUAAAUGCUCAGAAUAAUCAAGGGAGGACUGCCUAUCAUUUGGCGGCCUAUUUCUUUGACCCAAAAUGGAUCAACGAAAUUUUCAGACUUCUUGUUCGCAACGGGGCGGAUGUCACGUUACGUGACAACGAAGGAAAGAACGCUAUAGAUCACGUCCUUUGUCGUAUGCGGAGCGCAAAUUCAGAGGCGGUCAAGUUAUUAAUGCCAGCCCUAAAAACCGUGAUCCGCGACGCUUCCCGCACUACUGUUGUUCCAAACAUUGGAAAGGAUAUGCUGAAAACUUUGGGUGAUUGUGAACUGUCAGAGUUGUUUCCGUUGAAUGAAGGUUGAAAACGUUGAAUGCUUGUUUCCAUAAUAAAAAAAAAAGAUAUUUACGGAAACUUAUUGCAAUUCAUAGCUCAGUAAAAUUCUGUAAAAAAAAUUAAAAAUAAUUUCGUACACAUUAUUUUGGUGAUUGUGAUUAAUCAAUGUAUAUGUUGAAUAAAAAUGAUUUGCAUGUAAAUAUCUUUUUAUUGUAUAUACAAUAAUCUUAUGUAGCAGCUAA